AUGGCGCAAACCACGGAUGUCGCGAUAGACACCAAUACUGUGGACAUGCCGCCGGUAGAGGUGGGUUGCCCAGACGAUCUCGCAAGUCCAGGUACAGACACAGAUCUGGGUUCCCUCGUUCAAGAAACCGCCAUUACGGCUAGCGAAAAAUGCGGCGAUACGCAAGACGGUACUUCCACAAACCAAGCGAAAUACCCAGGAGCCCACUGUGAACCCUCGCCCUCUCUCGAUAAGAAUGACGACAAGUCAAGGGUUGACCGCUACGAAGGCAGCGAACCAGCCACUACAAGCACCAGCCCUAGCAUCUUUCCGUUCAUGUGCUUGCCUGUCGAUCUACGUCUUCGCAUCUAUGACCAGUUGACAGCCAUGCCGGUAUAUCGAUCAUCCUCUGGGGCAGAUGCCAAGUGGAUUUACUAUACUGCGCCUUCAGUGGGCAUAUUGAGGGUCAAUAAGUUGAUUCGUCAGGAAGCCUACUCUAUCACAGAGCGUGGCCAUAUGCAAAUGUGCCUAUCGAUCACCUUCAAGCUCCUCAAUUUCACCGACAAGGAAAAGUAUAACUCUGCUUCUAGGAUUUAUGAGGUGAUUGAGGGACUCAAGAGCUACACAGAGUACAUUGAAGAGCAAUACGUGGCACGCUGUGGCCUGCCACGCCUUCCACACGAUCUUCAUCCAUCCACCCUUCUCCAGAUGAGCAGUGAACUCAGACGGCACUUCUUGGAUGACUCGCAUGGCUUCGGCAGAGCAGAUCUGAUAUGGCUUCACGCUGAGGGCUCCUUAACCCAUUUUCUCAUGCGGACAAGCUUAGCAUUGCAUCGAGGUAGCACGAUGGCCAUCCGUCUGAUCAUGGAUUUCACCUUCUUUCGCGAGGACUACGGUAUUGCAAGCGAUGGAUUUGUUGUUCGCCAAUUUAUUAGACUUCAACUCGCAUGCCCCACCAGUAGUAGCAUUACGUUCCAACUUUCGGUGCCUGGCGAAAGUGUUGCACACACUCGGGAGGUCUUCGGUAAGCCGACCUACGCGGGUAGAUACCUACCACGUGGAACCUGGAGAGUGGACGCGCUGGAAGAUGACGCUGUUCCUGUGCAGUAG